AGGGAGGGCCAGUGACAGCCCAUCUCCUGAGUCUGUGACCUCACCUGCUGCUCCAGGGAGCCUCCCAGGAUGACUGUCUCGCCGGGCAACCUGAAUAUGGUGGAAAAGUCCCGGAACUUCUCGGCGGACGACUGCUUCCACUCUCGGAGCACUGUCCUGCAGGGGCAGCCCUUUGGGGGUAUCCCCACUGUGCUGUUCCUCAACGUUAUCUUGUGGGUGGUCAUCGUCUUGGUUUACUCCUUCCUCCGGAAAGCCGCGUGGGACUACGGACGCCUGGCUCUGCUGAUACACAACGACAGCCUGACCUCGCUGAUCUAUGGGGAGCAGAGCGAGAAGACGUCUCCCUCGGAUAUUUCCCUGGAGAUGGAACACAGGGACAAGGGCUUCUAUUCCUGGUUUUUCAACACCAUCACCAUGAAGAACGAAGAUCUGAUUAGCAAGUGUGGAGACGAUGCCCGUAUCUACAUCAUGUUCCAGUAUCAUCUCAUCGUCUUUGCGCUUAUCCUCUGCAUCCCCUCCUUGGGCAUCAUUUUGCCCAUCAACUACACUGGAAAUGUUCUGGACUGGAAUAGUCACUUUGGUCGGACCACCAUUGUCAAUGUCUCCACAGAGAGUAAGUUCCUGUGGCUGCACAGCUUCUUCGCUUUCUUAUACUUUGUCACCAACUUCCUCUUCAUGACUCAUCACUGCUUAGGGUUUGUGCCCAAGAAGAGCUACAAGGUCACAAGGACACUAAUGAUCACCUAUGUCCCCACGGACAUCCAAGACCCAGAAAUCAUCAUUAAGCAUUUUCAUGAGGCCUAUCCAGGGUGCGUAGUGACCAGAGUCCACUUCUGCUACGACGUCAGGACCCUGAUUGACUUGGAUGAUCAGAGGCGCCAUGCAAUGCGGGGCCGGCUCUAUUACACUGCCAAGGCCAAGAAGAAGGGGAAGGUGAUGAUCAAGAUCCACCCCUGCUCCCGGCUGUGCUUCUGCAAGUGCUGGGUUUGCUUCAAAGAGGUAGAUGCAGAGCAAUAUUAUAGUGAGCUGGAGGAGCAGCUGACUGACGAGUUCAACGCUGAGCUCAACCGCGUUCGGCUGAAGCGUCUGGACCUGAUCUUUGUCACCUUCCAGGACUCCAGGAUGACAAAGCACAUCCUGGAGGAUUACAAGUUCAUCCAGUGCGGUGUGUCGGCCCAGCAGUCCUCGGUGACCACCAUCGUCAAAUCCGACCACUGGAGGGUUGUCCGUGCCCCACACCCCAAAGACAUUAUUUGGAAACACCUGUCUGUCCGCCGCUUCCAUUGGUGGGCCCGCUUCAUCGCAAUCAACACCUUCCUCUUCUUCCUCUUCUUCUUCCUCACCACGCCUGCCAUCAUCAUCAACACCAUCGACAUGUACAACGUCACCCGCCCCAUCGAGAAGCUGAAGAGCCCCAUCGUGACCCAGUUCUUCCCCUCCCUGUUGCUCUGGGCCUUUACGGUGAUAAUGCCUCUGAUCGUCUACCUCUCCGCCUUCCUUGAAGCCCACUGGACCAGAUCAGCUCAGAAUCUGAUCAUAGUGCACAAGUGCUACAUCUUUCUGGUGUUUAUGGUGGUCAUUCUGCCCUCUAUGGGACUGACCAGUUUGGACGUCUUUUUACGCUGGCUCUUUGACAUCUACUAUCUGGAACAGGCAUCCAUCAGGUUCCAGUGUGUGUUCCUGCCAGACAAUGGCGCCUUCUUUGUCAACUACGUGAUCACGUCAGCUUUGAUUGGCACAGGCAUGGAGCUGUUGCGCCUGGGGUCACUCUUUCUGUACACCACCCGCCUCGUCUUCUCCAGGUCGGAGCCAGAGAGAGUCCACAUCAGAAUGAACCAGGCCAUGGACUUCCAGUAUGGGCGCGAGUAUGCAUGGAUGUUGAACGUCUUCAGCGUGGUGAUGGCGUACAGCAUCACCUGCCCCAUCAUUGUUCCUUUUGGGCUACUCUACCUGUGCAUGAAGCACGUCACGGACCGCUAUAACAUGUACUACUCCUACGCACCCACCAAACUCAACGAGCAGAUCCACAUGGCUGCCGUCCACCAGGCCAUCUUCGCACCGCUCCUGGGUCUGUUCUGGAUGCUCUUCUUCUCCAUCCUGCGAUUAGGGCCGCUACACGCCAUCACCUUCUUUUCCCUCUCCACCCUUAUUGUUUCCAUGAUACUGGCGUGCAUUGGCACUUUUCUGGGGAAGCUUCGGAAAGCAUCUGACUAUGAGCCCGAGGAGGAGAUGGAGACCGUGUUUGACCUGGAGCCCAGCAGCACCUCCUCCACGCCAACUUCCCUUCUGUAUGUGGCCACCGUGCUGCAAGAGCCGGAGAUGAACCUGACCCCAGCCUCCUCCCCUGCCCGGCACACCUACGGCACCAUGAACGGACAGUCGGAAGAGGGAGAAGAGGAGAGUGGUGUGAGGGGCUUUGCAAGGGAGCUGGACUCGGCCCAGUUCCAGGAAGGGCUGGAACUGGAGGGCCAGAGCCAGUACCACUGA